AUUUGAUAUCAAGCACGAAAUUUAUAAAUUUGUGGAAAGUCGUUAUUUAAAUCUAAAAUUUUAACAAUUUACCAACUUAUUUCAAUAACUCAUCGUGUAUUUUAUUUGCAGAUGUUGUAUGCAUUAAGAUGAGACCAGAAUGUACUAAUACGUUCACUAGAGGAUUAAGAAAAGUCGAAGAUAUUCUAAUUGAAUACAAAGAAACAAGAGACGAUAGUACAUGUUGUAAUAGUGCGACAACCAUUACUGAGGAACUUGUUUUGGAAGACAAUACGACGAGUAAUCCUAAGACGCGGAAGGCCUUGGAUAUUGCAAUUGAUUAUGAAAACACCAAUAGUAGUUGUUCUAAUAGGGGAACAUAUGAUACUGUAAUACCUACUUUAGAAGACAGUAUAACGAGAAAUACUUUGACAGGAGAGGAUGAAGAUAUUAAUCUUGAGUUGGACUCAUCUUAUGUUGAGGAGGGCGUGCAUGAUUCUGGCAACAACUUGGUGGAGUUGGAGAAAAACAGCAGCUUGACCAAAAAAACACCUGUGAAGCGUCGUUGGGAUAGAAAGAACUAUUGCCUCUUCUGUGAAAAAACUGUGUUCAAAUUUUAG